AUGGCUUCGAAUGACAAGCCCUCCAUGAACUGGUCAGCACUUGAUUUGUUGAAAGAGUGGCGCAGAUUCAAACAGCACUGCGAGUUUACAUUCAAAGGUCCUCUUGCAGGGAAAUCAGAGGUAGAAAAGGUCAACUAUCUCAUGACUUACAUCGGGGACAAAGGCAGAGAAAUUUACCAGAUAUUUGAUUGGCAGCCCAGUGGAGAAGGUGCAAACGGGCAACGGAUUCCUGCAGAAGAUGAAACUUUGAAAGGGGUUUAUGGCAAAUAUGAAGAGUAUGUGAAGCCGAAACGAAACCAAAUCCGGGCCACGGUUAACUUCAAUAGAAGGAAACAGGAAGAAGGUGAGAAAUUUGACAAUUUUGUCACUGACCUGAAGAUCCUCAUAAAGGACUGUGAUUAUCAAGAGGAAGAUAGAAUGUUGCGGGAUGCAAUAGUCCUGCGUUCGCUACACCCGAGUGUUAGAGAGAAAUGCCUUGACGAAGGAGAUUCCCUAACACUUCAAAAGGCAAUUCAUGUUGGGCAGAACCAUGAGCUAUCUCAAGACUCCAUAAAGAUGAUACAGCUGGGAGAAGUUAACGCAAUCUCAAGGCAGGCCAGAGGGCAGCUGCAGAGAAGGAAAGCUGGUCCCAACAAAGGCUAUCGCCAGGAUAACUACGCACACAAGAAGGAAAAAUGCACCAGGUGUGGCUACAGCACGGACCAUGAGAAAUGUCCGGCCAUGGGCCAGACCUGCAAUGUCUGCAAAAGAAAAAACCACUUUGCUGCAGUGUGCCAGAGGAAACAAAGCGCUUACAGAGUGGAGCAGCGUGAAAGCGCUCAGGAGAGUGACGAGUCUGGAUCAGACGAUUUCGCAUAUGAGAUUGGAGCAGUACACCAAGUAGGUGGCGGCAAGGCCAAGGAUGAAUGGUAUGAAACUGUCAACAUCCAAGGUAAAGAAGUUGAAGGUCAAAUCGACACCGGAGCUGCACAAUCCAUAAUGCCAAUCCAAGUCUUCAACACAUUACAGUGCAGUGAGAAGCUUGAAGAGACCCGCACCAAGUUUGCUUCAUACACUGAACAUGAAUUGAGAGUGAUAGGAUCAGCAGUUCUCCCAACACGCUACAAAGAUGCAUGCAUUGAGGUAAAAUAUUAUGUAGUAGAUGCAGCAUCCAAGCCAGUUCUUCUCUCAGGUGAAGCAAGCAAAAUGCUCAAGCUAAUUAGACGACUUCACAGCAUCGAAGAAUAUCCAGAGUUACUGAGUUUGACAGGAUGUCUCCCGGGAACGUAUACAUUGAAGAUUGAUCCCACUGUGAAGCCUGUCAUUCAUGCCCCAAGGAGACAGCCCAAGGCACUGGCAGAGAAAAUAGUGGCCAAGUUGAAGGAAAUGGAGACAGAUGGACACCUCACAAAGGUUACAGAACCCACAGACUGGGUGAACUCAAUGGUCACGGUGGUCAAAGGAGAAAAGGUGAGGAUCUGUCUAGAUCCUAAGGACCUCAAUCGUGCCAUCAGAAGGGAGCACUACAGAAUUCCCACUGUAGAAGAGGUUGUAGCAGACAUGCCGGAAGGAGCAAAGGUAUUCUCCGUCCUCGACGCAAAGUCAGGAUUUCUACAGAUCAAAAUCGACUAUGAGUCAAGUCUGCUGACAACAUUCAACACUCCAGUUGGCAGAUACCGAUGGCUCCGCCUACCCUUUGGCAUCAAGAGUGCUCCAGAGCUGUUCCAACGCAUAAUGGAUGAAAUGCUAAGUGACAUAGAAGGAGCCAGAGCAGUUAUGGACGAUAUCCUCAUUGCUGGGAAGGAUCUGAAGUCUCAUGAUGAGAUCCUAGAGAAGGUUGUAGCAAAAGCAACUGAAUGCAACCUGAAGCUCAACUUCACCAAAUGUCACAUUCGCCAGUCUCGAGUGAAGUAUGUGGGACACCUAGUAACUGAAAAUGGUCUCGCUCCUGACCCAGACAAGGUCAAAGCUGUUGCUGAGAUGCCGAGACCAGAAAGCAAGGAAGAAGUCAGGAGGUUCCUGGGAUUUCUUCAGUACUUGUCAAAGUUCAUUGACAAAUUGAGUGAAGUGGACGAGCCUCUGAGACAGCUGACAAGGAAAGACGUCGCCUUUCACUGGGGGCCAAGAGAAGAACAGAGCUUCAAUGAACUGAAGAGGCACUGUACCUCAACACCAGUCUUGGCCUUCUAUGAUGGUAAGAAAGACCUCACUAUCCAAUGCGAUGCCAGCAGCUAUGCAGUAGGAGGUGUCCUUCUGCAAGAGGGACAGCCGAUAGCCUACACGUCCAGAGCAAUGACACCAACAGAGAUGCGGUAUGCCCAGAUCGAGAAGGAAAUGCUCGCGAUACUGCACAGCUGUAAGAAAUUCCACCCAUACAUAUUCGGGAGAAGCAUCACAGUGCAGUCCGAUCAUAAGCCUCUACAGUCGAUCUUCAACAAGCCUCUCCUGUCAGCUCCGAUGAGGCUGCAGUCAAUGUUGCUGAGAUUGUAUGCCUAUGACCUAGAUGUCCACUAUGUACCUGGAAAAGACCUAGUAUUGGGAGACACUCUGAGUAGGGCAAAUCUUCCUGAGACUGAGCCAGAUGCACCAGCCCUCUUGGUCAAUAUCAUUGAUCAUAUUGCAGUAGCACCAGACAGAUAUGCAGAGUUCCAGAAGUGUACUGCAAAUGAGCUCAACGAACUUCACGCUAUAAUCAUGAAAGGAUGGCCCGACACCAGGAUGGAGACACCACACUCGAUCAGAGAGUACUGGAGCAUCAGAGAUGAGCUAGCAGUCACUGAUGGUGUCAUCUACAAAGGGAUGAGAAUUGUGGUACCGCCUAGCAUGAGAAAUAGUAUGCUAGCACAGAUUCAUGGUUCUCACCUCGGGAUCGUCAAGUGCAAGAAGAGAGCACGGGAGGCACUGUACUGGCCAAGUAUGAGUCAACAUAUAGAGAGGCUAGUACAAGAUUGUGCAGAGUGCAACUCCUAUCAGAACAAACAACCGGCAGAGCCUCUAAAGCCAACAAAGCUGCCAGACUUACCAUGGGCCGAAGUUGGUUCAGACCUGUUCGAGUGGGAAGGCAGUGCAUAUCUUCUGGUAGUGGACUACUUUUCAAAGUUCAUAGAGGUCGACAAGAUGGCGUCAACCAGCAGUGCUGCCGUUAUCGACCGCCUGAAGAAACAGUUCGCUAGGCAUGGGAUUCCCCUGAAAGUGAGGAGCGACAAUGGUCCACAGUUUAGCUCACAAGAAUUCAGAGAAUUCUGUACCAGCUACGGUAUAGAACAUGUGACAUCAUCACCCCGAUACCCUCAAGCGAAUGGUGAGGCAGAACGAGCGGUACAGACGGUUAAGAGAAUGUGGAGAAAGUGUGCCGACAGGCAGCUGGCACUCCUGGACUACAGAACAACUCCAUUAGCCAGCUGUGACCUGUCACCAGCACAACUUCUGAUGGGUAGGAGACCUCGCAAUCUCCUCCCCACAAGCAAACAACUGCUGAAACCCAAAGAGGUCAACAUGAAGGCAGUGAAAGACAGCUUGGACAGCAAGACUGCAGAGGCCGAAAGGUAUUACAACUCCAGAGCAGGAAAGGUUCUCACUCCAUUACAUCCCGGAGAUCCUGUAAGGAUGGUGCCACUGCCAGGCACUCGCAAAUGGCUUCCAGCGACAGUCAUCAAGAAGCAUGACACACCAAAGUCUUAUUUGGUUGAGUGCAGUGGAAAGCUGUACAGGAGAAACCGCAGAGAUCUGAGGAAGACGACCGAGUCUGCUAACAAGCCGCACAACCAGCCUGCUGACAAAGGUGUAGCUCCACACCUGGUGAUACCGGCCCUGCAAUCGUCUACAUUGCCCGCUGCCAGUCAGCCCGAUCCUCUCGUCGAGCAGACCAAGCAGACAAAUCCACAGACACCUGUACCCAAUGCAUCUAUCCAUGCACCAGAUCAAACAGAGGCUGACCACGCUCACAAGAAGACCAGCUCGCAGCACCACUACCAAACAAGAAGUGGACGCGUUAGCCUACCCCCAAAGCGAUUGAUCAUGGAUUAG